UGCCAACCCCGCCGUCGUUUGGUUGGCUUUCCAUGCUAUAAUUACCUGCUCGCCUCCCCCUCUUCCCCCCUUUCUCGUAAUCUUUUCGUGUCCUUUGUCAUGAGUGACCAGUCCGAGGCCUGGCCCGAGGGAUUUCUGUCCUAUGUUCCGAGCUAUCUCCGCAAUUGAGUCGAGAAUCAGCGAGAUCGUGAGCGUUCGCCCAGCUAUCGGCGUGGGUGUUUCUUUCGCGCUACAGGGUCGACUACGAUUGGGCUCUAUAAGCCAGUAAUUCUCCAACAACGUACAACCAUGACUGAAUCCAAGACGUCCGCGUCCCGGAACGCCGACAAUGCCUCGAGCAGCGGGGUUUCAUACUCAAAGCCUAUGAAUGGUACUUCUGUCCGUACCGACGCUUCUUCCGUGACUCCCGAGAGCACCAAAGGCAGCAAGGGCAAGAGAAGAAGUAAAUACCGGCAUGUCGCAGCAUACCACUCGGAGGUGCGACACUCCAGCUUGAGUCGGGAUUCCGAUGCCUCGACCAGCUUCCUAGGGUUUCGGAACCUCAUGGUCAUCGUUCUAGUUGCGAUGAACCUUCGAUUAAUCAUUGAAAACUUCAUGAAAUACGGGGUUCUCAUUUGUAUCAAAUGCCACGACUAUCGCAAACAGGAUGUCGUGCUGGGCACGAUGCUUUUCUCCCUGGUCCCAUGCCAAUUGUUCAUCGCCUACGUUCUUGAGCUGUUUGCCGCAGGACGAGCCAAGCAGACCGUCGGGCGGAAGAAGAAGGACGGAUCAGCCGAGGGAGACGAGCGAGACCAGCGGGCGUUUCGCACGAUCUGGCGGUUCACCUUGUUCUUCCAUAUCGUGAACACCCUUCUCAACCUCGCCGUCACCAGCUUUGUCGUCUACUACUACAUCCAUCACCCCGGAAUCGGUACUGUCUGCGAAGUCCACGCGCUCAUCGUUGCGCUCAAGAACUGGUCCUAUGCCUUUACCAACCGCGACCUUCGUGAGGCGAUGCUCAAUCCGUCCGCGGAGUCGGCCAUUCCCGAACUAUACUCGUCCCUUCCGUAUCCUCGAAACAUCAGUCUGGGGAACUUGACGUACUUUUGGCUCGCACCGACCUUGGUUUACCAGCCUGUUUAUCCCCGGUCGCCGCGCAUCCGCUGGUCGUUUGUCGCGAAACGUCUGUUCGAAUUUCUCGGUUUGUCCGUGUUUAUCUGGCUUCUCUCGGCCCAGUAUGCCGCCCCGGUGCUGCGCAACUCGAUUGAAAAAAUCGCCGUGAUGGAUAUUGCGUCGAUCUUGGAACGGGUGAUGAAGUUGUCCACGAUUUCUCUCGUCAUCUGGCUUGCCGGGUUCUUUGCCCUUUUCCAGUCGUUCUUGAAUGCUCUGGCCGAGAUCAUGCGAUUUGGCGACCGCGAAUUCUACACAGAUUGGUGGAACAGCUCGAGUCUUGGGGCCUACUGGCGGUCAUGGAACCGACCGGUGUAUCUCUUCAUGAAGCGACAUGUGUUCUCCCCCAUGGUCGGAAGAGGGUACAGUCCAUUUGCGGCCAGUGUGGUGGUGUUCACCCUCUCCGCUCUCUUGCAUGAAUUGCUCGUGGGGAUCCCCACUCACAAUGUCAUCGGCGUUGCGCUUGCCGGGAUGUUGUUUCAGCUUCCGCUGAUCGCCAUCACGGCUCCAAUGGAGAAGAUGAAGGACCCACUGGGUAAGGUUAUCGGGAACUCCAUCUUCUGGGUGAGCUUCUGCCUUGUAGGGCAGCCUCUGGGAGCGCUGCUGUACUUUUUUGCCUGGCAAGCGAAAUAUGGCAGUGUGAGCCGAAUGUAGUGAGGUGACUUGGGCAUAGAUUCGACAGGUCAGAAGAAAUAUUACUAUGGGGAUGUUUAAUCUGGUAAUCGGAGGAAGUUGUUGCAUGGUGGUUCAUUCCUGCUUCCGUAAAUAUAUACACGCAUAGAUUGGCGGAUUC